CAAUGAAGUAAUUCAGUAUAGCAGUACUGUGUUGAGGCCUCUCGAAGAAGUAUUGUUGAAUAAAUUCAUGUUCAUCAAAAUCGUUAUCUAAAAUUCGGUUAUAAAACAACUAUCUCGUUAUGUAAACUUUCAUUACACACCUGGAAGUGCGAUCGCGAAAUCAUAUUAUUUUAAUAGAAACGCGCAUAAAAUUUCAAUUACAGCCACAACGUUAACGUACAAAAAUAUUUCAAAAUGGAUCUAUUAACCUCUAUAUUAUUACUAAUCGUAACUUCGGUGUUAUAUUUUUAUUGGUCCUUGAAAAAAGCGCAUCGAUUUUUCGAGGAUCGAGGAAUACCUUACCUCGAACCUCACUGGUUGUUUGGUAACAUGGGCGAUGUUAUUAUGAUGAAGAAGUCGCUGGGCGAAAAAUACGCAGAAUUUUACAAUAAACUAGCCCCUCACGGGUUUGGUGGAAUAUUCACGAUGAAGAAACCAGCAAUCGUGAUACGAGAUCCGGAUCUUAUAAGGCAUGUUCUUAUUAAAGAUUUCGCAUUUUUCACCGAUCGAGGCAUCAACAUCGUGAAAGAAAUUGAUCCUUUGAGUAAUUCGCUGUUUUCGAUGAAAGGCGAUGAAUGGAAAAAUCUCAGGAUCAAGUUAACAAGCACUUUUACUUCGGGAAAAAUGAAAAUGAUGUUCCCUCUGGUGAAACAUUGCGGCGAAAGGUUGUCGCAAAUUAUCGACGAAGUACCAGACAACGAAACCUUCGAUGUAAAAGAUCUAUUCGCAAGGUUUACCACGGACACGAUAGGAAAUUGCGCAUUUGGAAUAGAAACGAAUUCUUUGAAUAAUCCAGACUCGGAAUUCAGAAUUAUGGGCAAGAAAAUAUUCAGUUACAGACUUGCAGCAGUCAUAAGAACUUUAUGGCCAACCAUGCCUAAAACAUUGAUCAAAAUGUUCAACUUGACAUUCUUCGAUAAACACACGCAAGAGUAUUUCAUAGAUAUCGUCGAUAAAACCAUCAAAUAUCGGGAGAAAAAUAAUAUCACAAGAAACGAUUUCCUCGACUUGUUAAUCGCUUUGAAGAACAACACCACCUUGCAAAAAUUUAAAGUCAGUUCUGCGGAAAAUGAGGAUUUGCAAAAAUUUCUUCAACAAACUGGUGGUAAAUGCGUGAAAAGCGACGUAGACAUGACCAAUGAUUUACUCGCUGCUCAAGCCUUCGUGUUCUUCACCGCUGGUUUCGAAGCAACCUCUAUCGCAUUAGGUUUCGCUUUCUUGGAAUUAUCAUUGAAUAAAUCUAUCCAAGAUAGAGCGCGUCAAGAAAUCCUCGACGUACUUUCAUCCAACGAUGGUAAACUGACUUACGAAGCUCUCAAACAAAUGACAUACGUGGAUAUGAUAAUUGACGAAACUCUUCGAAAAUAUCCAUCGGCUGCCAGACUACCCCGCGUAACCAAUAAAAAUUACGCAAUACCCAAUACCAAAGUGAUAAUACCUGCUCAUACAUCGAUAAUUAUAUCAGUCUAUGGGCUACACUCAGACGAAAAAUAUUACGAUAACCCGAACGAAUUUCGUCCAGAACGUUUCACUGAAGAAGAAAAGGCCAAACGACCGAAUUUUGCUUAUUUACCAUUCGGCGAUGGACCCAGAGUUUGUAUAGCUGAACGAUUUGCAAAAAUGCAAGUCAAAGUUGGUUUGGUCCACGCCCUCAAGAACUUUUCUUACCAAAAAUCACCCAAAAUGAAAUUUCCCAUAGAAUUUAAUAAAAGUUUCGGUUUACUAAGCCCGAAAGAUCCAAUAUUGUUGCAAAAAAUAAAAUUAUAAUUUAAUCUAGGUAUGUACUUACUUAUAUGUAGUAGCAGAUACGAAUUUUGUUAACCAUAUGCAACCAAUAAACCAUGCGGCUACCGCUAGCUGAGCAAGAAGGCUAAUAAAACUGAUACGAAUA